AUGUCCCUCGACCUCUCCAACAACAACUUCGAGGGUAUCAUCCCCAACGAGAUCGGUGACCUGAAGUCUCUCAAGGGGCUCAACCUCUCCAGGAACUCCUUCACCAGUGAGAUCCCUCCCAGGAUCGCGAACAUGCUGCAGCUGGAGUCACUUGAUCUCUCCUACAACCAGCUCUCCGGAGAGAUCCCUCCAGCAAUGGCGGUGAUGUCAUUCCUCGAGGUGCUCAACCUCUCCUACAACCACCUGUCAGGGCAAAUACCGCAAGCCAAUCAGUUCUUGACGUUCCCGAACACCUCAUUUCUAGGGAACGACAGGCUGUGUGGGAAGCCGCUGACACAGCUGUGUGAGACGAACCACUCACCAUCAGCUGCUGCCACACCGGGCUCUUCAAAAGAUCUGAACUGGGAUUUUUUAUCAGUUGAGGUAGGGGUCAUUUCAGGCUUGGCCAUGGUUGUUGUGACCACACUGCUGUGGGGCGAUGGGAGGAGGUGGGUGUACUGGCGUGUCGACAAGUUUUGGCUGCAGGUUCUGGAGCCAUGGGUCUGCUGCCGUCGACGCUGA